AUGGCUGACUCUCUGGGCAGCCUCUACGAGCAGAUCGAGUCGCUGGACGUGGCGACGGCCCGAGUAAUUUCCUGGACCGACGUGAAAACGGCGCGCGAGAUCCCGCCUGAUAUUCUGGCGGCCCACUCGGCCAAGCAGAUGAGCUCGUUGUGCUAUGGGGUCGGCGGCGUCGACGUGGUGGAUACGCAAGGCGUCUGCAAGGCCGCCUCGUCGAGUGGGCUUCGC